GAGAGAGGGAGAGAGAGUAUGUCUUCUUCUCAAUUUCGCCUAUAAAUAUCCAAACCAGCCGCGCUUGGCUCAAAAUAAAACGCACACCUCCGCUUCUCGCAUGCCCCUCUCUCUAGUCUCUGCUAUUCAGCCAGACCAUCGACAACUCUCACCAUUUCCCUGCAGAAAUCCUCCUUUCCUGAGGGAGAAAGAAAGAGAUAUUUUUUAGAGAGAGAAAGUAAUGGACGCGUACGCGCUGCAUCUAGCGAUGGCGGCUCUAGUAGGAGCAUCAUUUGUGGCAGUAUCCGCUUAUUAUAUGCACCGCAAAACCCUAACUCAACUCCUCGAGUUCGCGAAGACGGUAGAGAGAGAACGAGAAAGAGACGACAACUCCGACGGCGGAGGAUCGUCGCCACAGAAUUUGAAAAAGCGUAGGAGUCACGGACGGAGGAAAGGGAGUAACGGUCACUACAACAAGCGUGGGUCAGCUUCGUUACCGGAUGUGACGGCAAUUUCUGGUGGUGGAAUUGAUGGAGAGGAGAAACGGAACGGUCAGGUGCUUCAUGUCGAAGGGAUUCCGGCUGGAUUGCCUAGGCUUCAUUCCUUGCUUGAAGGGAAAUCUGGUGGACAUGUCAAGAGACCUGGAAGUUUUAUCAGACCAACUUCUCCGAAGUCUCCUGGUGCCAGUGCGAGUGCCUUUGACAGCGUGGAAGGAUCAGAUGAUGAAGAUAAUAUGACUGGCAAUUCUGAACUAGACACUACAUAUCUGCAUAUCAAUGGAAAUGCUGAUAUAAAGGAUGUUUUACCACAACACAUUAAUGCAAAUGGAGACCAAAUGCCUAAACCUGCUUCAAGCAUGAUUCGAUCCCAUAGCGUUUCUGGUGACCUGCAUGGUGUUCAGCCAGAUCCUUUUGCAGCUGAUAUUCUAAGGAAAGAGCCAGAACAAGAAACUUUUGCUCGACUUAAAAUUUCCCCUAUGGCAGAGGUGCCAUCACCAGAUGAAGUGGAUUCCUAUAUAGUUCUUCAAGAAUGCCUUGAAAUGAGAAAGAGAUAUGUAUUCAAGGAAGCUAUUGCUCCAUGGGAGAAAGAAAUUAUUUCUGACCCUAGUACACCAAAGCCUAAUCCUGACCCGUUCUCCUAUACCCCAGAGGGAAAAUCUGAUCAUUAUUUUGAGAUGCAAGAUGGGGUCAUCCAUGUCUAUCCAAAUAAAGAUUCUAAGGAAGAACUUUUUCCUGUUGCUGAUGCAACAAUGUUUUUCACUGAUUUGCAUCACAUACUUCGAGUUAUUGCGAUUGGAAAUAUCAGGACUCUAUGUCAUCAUCGGCUUAAUCUCCUAGAACAAAAAUUCAACCUUCAUCUGAUGCUUAAUGCGGAUAGAGAGUUUCUCGCUCAGAAAAGUGCUCCACAUCGUGACUUCUAUAAUGUCAGGAAAGUUGAUACACAUGUUCAUCAUUCUGCGUGCAUGAACCAGAAACAUCUUUUAAGGUUUAUAAAGUCAAAAUUGAGGAAAGAGCCUGACGAGGUUGUGAUUUUUCGAGAUGGAACAUACUUGACAUUGAAAGAAGUGUUCGAAAGUUUGGAUUUGACUGGGUAUGAUCUCAAUGUUGACCUUUUAGAUGUUCAUGCGGACAAGAGCACGUUUCAUCGCUUUGAUAAGUUCAACUUGAAGUACAAUCCUUGUGGUCAGAGUAGGCUCAGGGAAAUUUUCCUUAAACAAGAUAACCUUAUACAAGGCCGUUUCCUUGGUGAACUGACAAAAGAAGUCUUUUCUGAUCUUGUUGCUAGUAAAUAUCAGAUGGCUGAAUAUAGAAUAUCAAUAUAUGGUAGAAAGCAAAGUGAAUGGGACCAAUUGGCUAGUUGGAUAGUGAAUAAUGAAUUGUACAGUGAAAAUGUUGUUUGGUUAAUCCAGCUUCCAAGACUGUAUAAUAUCUACAAGGAAAUGGGGAUUGUGACAUCAUUUCAGAAUAUUCUUGAUAAUAUCUUUAUGCCACUUUUCGAGGUUACAGUUGAUCCAGAUUCGCAUCCUCAGCUGCAUGUUUUCUUAAAACAGGUUGUUGGGUUGGACUUGGUUGAUGAUGAAAGCAAACCUGAAAGACGCCCGACGAAGCACAUGCCUACACCAGUGCAAUGGACCAAUGUGUUCAAUCCUGCGUUUUCAUAUUAUGUUUAUUACUGUUAUGCCAACCUCUACACAUUAAACAAGCUUCGUGAGUCUAAGGGCAUGACAACUAUCAAAUUUCGACCCCAUUCUGGAGAGGCUGGUGAUAUUGAUCAUCUUGCUGCCACAUUUCUCACAUGUCAUAAUAUCGCCCAUGGGAUCAAUUUGAGGAAAUCUCCAGUACUUCAAUAUUUGUAUUAUCUGGCACAGAUUGGCUUGGCUAUGUCUCCUCUGAGCAACAAUUCCUUAUUUUUAGACUACCAUAGGAACCCUUUCCCUAUGUUUUUCUUAAGGGGUCUCAAUGUUUCCCUUUCAACUGAUGAUCCGCUCCAAAUCCAUUUAACAAAAGAGCCCUUGGUGGAAGAAUAUAGCAUAGCUGCUUCUGUGUGGAAGUUGAGUUCAUGCGAUCUGUGUGAGAUUGCCCGAAACUCAGUCUACCAAUCAGGUUUCUCGCAUGCUUUGAAGUCGCACUGGAUUGGUAAAGAGUACUACAAGAGAGGACCAGAUGGAAAUGAUAUUCACAAGACAAAUGUGCCUCAUAUCCGGGUGGAAUUUCGAGACACGAUAUGGAGAGAUGAGAUGCAGCAGGUUUAUCUUGGCAAGGCCAUUAUCCCCAAAGAAGUGGACAAGUAAAUAGUGGAGAGCUGCCUUAGCCCAUUCUACGUGCUUACUUAAAUUACAAAGUGGGUCAACAGAAUUCCUCUUGCUCAUUAAACAUGAGAUAAGCUGUAUGCUAUGAUCAUGUAUUUGAGAUGAUCAUUCACGGCCACCAUUAAAAAAAAAAUGGGAAUGGCUUUGUGCAGAGCAACAAAGCUAACAGAUGCUUACAAGGUUCGAGAACGAGGGCUAUGCAAAUGAUGCAAUUGUUGACUUGGUGGUCUGCUGUUAUCUUAGAUGGGGUCUUAUAUAAGAUCAAUAAGAUGCCAAUCUUGAGCCAAAAUAAAUAUAUUAGAUGCCAAUCUUGAGCCAAAACAAAUAUAUUAGGUAGAGGUUUAAGAAUAAAAUUAUGAGGCAUGGUAAGAGUUUUGUAUGGUUCACUCGUUGCAAUGUCAGAUGAUAGUUGUAGCCAAUAGCAAGAAGGAAAAGGAUAGUCUCUUGCUUUAAUUUUGUUUCUAGAUGAAUGCCCCCUCAAAUUUUGGUUGAGUUUCAUGCCAUGCAGAUGUUUAUCAUGAAUUUGGCCAGCGGCGUGUAACCCAAAAUCCUCUGGUAAGUUAAAUUCUCUUUUUUUACCGGGUCGAA